AUGGUUGUCGAGACACUCAUCCACGAAAGGUACCAACUCAUCAGCAACGGGCAUCUGCCAGAGCCGAAGAAAGGCGGCCUAGUCGGCAUUCUCUGUCCAGAAUGCCGAACACCUCUCCGUUUUCACUCGGCCAAAGAAGAUGCAUGGCUCAUUCAUUGUCCACAACGCCCAAAGAAUCGACACAACUGGCGUACGUGGCGAUGUGAUCAAUACAAUCACGAACGGGCCUUGAUCAACGCCGGAGCCGCCCGACCCAUCCUCUCGACUGCAGCCGACUGGGGCCCCCGAAUAUCACCCUCUGGGGUCAUCCUUCCUCCAAAACGGAUUGAUGCAGACAUUGAUCCCAGUCUCAAUCUACCACACCCUAUUCGCGAUGACCAUCCGUUCUUGGGGCGAGUUGAACAGCAAUUCAUGCCCUUCGCAAACCAACGAACCUCACGUGGGCCAGUGGCCCGAACUCACCGGACGACAGGCAACAAAGGGUGUCCCCAUCAGUACUGUCAAGCGUGUUGCCUCGAAUACGGUUUAGGCCCGUGUCCCAAGCACCCCCGUCGCGACCAACCUGCUGCAGUCGUAAUUCAAACAGCUCUCCAGCUCCCUACUGCGAGCACAUCCACUCACGCACCAGCACCACCACCUCCUGCUAGGCCAACACCUUUCCAGCUGCCCACACCGAGCUCGUCUGCUUUAGCCCCUCAUGCUAGGCCACCUUGUCUCCAUCAGUGGGCUCAAAGUGUUAACUCACUGGGACACCGCCUGGGUCCGGAGGCGGUGUCAGCCAUCCAAAUCGACCGACGCAAACGUUACGAAGAGUUAGAACGGGCCAAAGCGGACAAAUACGACGAGAAGAAAGUCGUAACUAUAUACUUGUGGCUUGAUGCAGUAGAACCAAAGGUUAUAUCUGCCCAUAUGGAUCAAUGGCCUAAAGGAAGGCUGGACGAAUCGCCGCUACUUAUCCAAGCUUGCACGAAGAAAUUCGGAGUAAGUUGGAACCGCGCUCUUUGUAUUUGGGAUGGAAAGAUCAACACUUGGCGCGAGACCAUGGUGAAUCUGCCGCAUAGAUUCCCUGCCCAUCCAAACGAGAUUGUAGUUCGGUCGCCAAAUGUUGAUCCCCGGACACCUGGCCUGCCAACGUCCAAGGCCAACUCAUCAAACAGCACAGGCCACUACCAUCAGGGAGCUCUCACACCUCUCCCACCAAACUCGUCACCUGAUUCUGAACCCGAUGUGAUCGUUGUAAACGGGAACAGUACCCAUCCCCUUCAACGUCUUAAACGUGAGGUCUCUGCGCAGCCCACCAAACCCAAAUCGACCACAGUUCCUGAAUCCAAUGAUUCAGGAACUGACGAUCACAUGGAUUCCGAUUCAGAUUCCGACCUACCCGAAUUCAAUCCAUUUGAUGAUCGGUCACACCCAGCCGAACCUUCACAAUCCGGAACAGCUGACCAAGCUAAAGAAAUAAAAAAAGGGUGGCCGUCGUCCACUAUACUUAUAUCAGAUCUUCUUGCGUGCUUUAAGGAUUGUGAGACUCGCCCUGCUCCGGAGGCAUGGAAUCUAGCAUUUGGCUACGAGUGGCGUUAUGCUAGUUCCACAAUGUAUAGGUACAAGAAAUGGAUCGAAGAAGUAGAAUAUGAGCGAUUUAGAGAAGAAUACAUUGACUCUCCGCGUGCAAAUGUGGGUGCAGCACGAAUCCGCUUCAAGGAGGAAUUCAAAACGGUUGCAAACCUCUGA